CUGAUGAGAAUUUUUAUUUGCAACUACUUGAAGAUCUUAAAGCACAUAUGGGAGAAAACCAGUUUAAAAAUUUUAUGCAUAUAAUUGCACAAGAAACUGGUAUUGAGUUGUUAAACAGGAAAAUUACAAACCAAUCAGGUCGAAAAACUUUGAUUCAAAGUUUAAAAGAUAUGCGUAAAUCUGAUUACGAAGUAAUGACAAAUUCAAGACAUAAAACAAUUUGUGGAAUGAUAUCAUAUAAGCGACCAAAAGAUAACUUACAAAUGAAAAACAUUUCAGACCUAUAUAGUGCAAUUGCACCAAAUAAUCAACUUGCUCAAAGUAAUCAAGUUAUCCAAAAUG